UCGGAGCACAUAAUAAAGUGGACACUGACGGACUGGGUUAGGUAAGUGCAUUACCAAAAUGGCUAAAAACUUGGUCCGGGCGUCAGGUCGCAAACUCCAGGCUGGCAAGGCUCCUUUAACCUUGCUAACCUUGAACUUCCGAAGCAUUCGAUUGUGUCUUAUCACGAGACAACGUCAACACUCUUAAUUUUUCUCUACUAGACAAUUUCUUAAUUUGACUAAGGUUAUAAAUCAUCGGUUGAUUUCUUCUCACUCGUUAAUCCGCCCUCUACUACCAUUUCUGUUCAAAUCGCCUUCUAUCUCGCCAUCGAAGACGUACACCCCGUUUGUCAUCCGUCCAACUCCCUAAUCAUAACCUCCGUCACAUACUGUCGCCAAGAUGUUAAAGAUCUGGUCUAUGAAAUCUGCCCAACAAAAGGCGGAUAACGCUGAUGGCGCAGCUGGCAAAAAGAAGAAGGUCACGCCCGCUCAGCUUCGGGUACAGAAAGACCUUUCCGAAUUAUCCUUGGGCUCAACAAUGAAGACGAUAUUUCCCGAUCCAGAUGAUAUCCUGAACUUUACCCUCGAGAUCAACCCUGACGAAGGCAUCUACCAAGGCGGUCGUUUCACCUUUACUUUCACCAUGGGUCCGAACUAUCCCCACGAGCCUCCCAAAGUGCGCUGCCAACAGAAGAUCUACCAUCCCAACAUCGACCUCGAGGGCAAGGUGUGCCUGAAUAUUCUGCGCGAAGACUGGAAGCCUGUACUAAACCUCAACGCCGUCAUCGUUGGGUUACAAUUCUUAUUUCUUGAGCCGAAUGCUUCGGAUCCUCUUAACCAAGAAGCCGCUGAUGAUCUACGGGCGAAUAGAGACGCAUUCCGCAGAAAUGUUCGCAAUACUAUGAGCGGUGGUUCCAUAAGAGGGGUAAUGUACGACCGUGUGAUGGCUGGAAGAACCUAGUAUGCUCUGAGGAACUAGGCAGAACAUAUUACUCAACUGGACAUUUUUAGUGGCUACACCCAAUUGGCAGAAUUCAGAAACUUGGGAAGAAUGAUGUAGCUCUGGUGACGGAUAUCCGAUCAUCAUAAGAGUCGGAGGAUCAAGAUGUAACGAAAGGAUGAGAGGACGAGAGGACGAGAGGACGAUGCUUUACAUUAGCUUUGCAGAAGACACAUAGCAGGGCGUUUACGAGGGACCGCAUUUACUGGGAGCUAUGGGCGAAACAGCUACCUUAUCGCCUCUGCCUUAUGAAUCCUAUGGCUAUAGCAUCAUGGACAUGGACAUUGAUAGUCAGGGACGACGCAUUGCAUAGAUGGCAACCGGCCGUACACGAUAGAUAGAUACUGGCGCGCAAAUGCAAUAAAAUCCACGCUACUGAAGUCUUCCUUCGGCGCAAUUUAUAUUCUUUAAGAUCUAACUAAACAACGAGUGAACACCAUUCAUGUCGGGCUGGUUGGGCCGUAUAUCUACC